AUGUGGCAUGAGAGCUAUGACGAAAUGAUGAAAAUGAUCAUCUCAAUGUUCAGACUGGACAAAUACAGGCCAAGGAAAGACACCAACAAUGAUGUGAGCUUUGAGUCUCACAUUUACUUUGAUGAUGCUUUUAAAGACGUGAAAGGUAGUAAAGGCCGGCAUGUGAACGAAUACGCAGAGGACCUGGUGGAGGUUAUCCGAGAGGUUUACAAUAUCUUCAAUGAGAAGGAUUCAUGCAUCUUCAGAGAGAGCCCACCCCUUCCAUGCCAGAGUAUCCUGCACACCCCUUACGGAGGUCGACUGGAGUAUAUCCUCCCUAAUGGCAACCUGCUGAUGGUGCACUUUAAGGACAAGCUACUGAUCCGCCACAAGAAGAGAUGGUCUCAGAUUAUGUACUUGUACUACAUUCUCGGCUGGCGACUCACCAGGAAGUAUUUCAAGAAGUUUGAGCAGGGUGGAGAUGAGAGCGAGCUGAGGGAAAAGAUGAUGAAAGAGAAGGACAAUACCUAUCUCCUGGCUUUGGAUGGGGACACCGACUUCCAGCCCUAUGCUGUAAUGCUCCUAAUAGAUCGGCUGAAACUUUAUCCACGUGUGGGUGCGGCAUGUGGGAGGAUUCACCCGACAGGCACAGGUCCUAUGGUAUGGUAUCAGAAGUUUGAGUAUGCGGUGGGCCACUGGCUUCAGAAGACUGCAGAGCACGUGUUUGGUAGCGUGCUCUGCAGCCCCGGCUGCUUCAGUCUGUUCAGGGGCACAGCCCUCAUGGACGACAACGUCAUGAAGAGAUACACCACUAAGGCCACGGAGGCUAGCCACUACGUACAGUACGAUCAAGGUGAAGACCGCUGGCUGUGCACUCUCCUGCUGCAGCAGGGCUGGAGGGUGGAGUACAACGCUGCGUCCGACGCCUACACCAACGCCCCCCAGGACUUCAAGGAGUUCUAUAACCAGCGUCGGCGCUGGGGGCCCUCCACCAUGGCCAACACCAUCGAUCUACUGGGCUCAGGGUCUCUGACCUCCCAGAGGAACAGCUCCAUCUCCAAACCCUUCAUCCUCUACCAGAUUCUCAGCAUGGCCGCCUCCAUCCUAGGCCCGGCCACAAUCUGCCUAAUGAUCUCAGGAAGCUUGUCGUUCAUACUAGACAUCGAUCCCAACGUUGCUUUGGUCCUUGCAACAGUGCCCCCUGUGGUGUACCUGUUGCUGUGCUUCAAGCUGAAAUCGGACACACAGAUCGCCAUAGCAGCCGUCAUGAGUGUCUUGUACGCUUUCCUCAUGAUAGGAACCGCUUUGUCCAUCAUAGGUGCUAUGGUUGAGCAGCAAACCAUUUGGACUCCUAGCGGCCUGUUUAUCAUAGGCCUGGUGCUGAUGAACAUCAUCACAGCAGCGCUCCACCCCAAGGAGUUCCAUCUGGUCAUCUACGGCCUCCUGUACUUCAUCUCUAUCCCCAGUGGCUACCUCCUGCUGACCAUCUACUCCAUGGUCAACAUGAACAAUGUGUCCUGGGGCACUCGGGAGACAGGUGUCCAUGUCGCUGCUCCACCACCAGCCAAGGCCAUCACACAGCGCAUCCUACAGGCCAAGUGCUGCAAGUUUCUCUGCUGGGACAGUGGAAAAGUGGCAGACCAGAAUGGUCAGUUGCCAGAAACAGUUGUGUUGGCUAAUGAGCCAAAGGUGAACCCUAAUCUGACCUCUCAGGACAAUAACAGGAAUGUGGAAUUAUGUUCUCAUCAGUCUACUGAACAAAACUUUGUAACACAACUGCAGAAGAAGUCCUAUGACUUCCCUCUAAAUGAAGAUUUUCUUGUGAAGGAAGAGGAGGACUUUUGGAGAGAGCUCCAGAAGCUCUAUUUGGAACCUCUGGCUGAAGAUAAAGAAAAACAGAAGAAAAUCACAAAUGACCUAAAGGAACUGAGAAACAAGGUGACUUUUAUCUUUUUCAUCUGCAAUGCCAUGUGGCUGGUGGCAACGUUCACUCUUCAGGCCAUUGGAACCUCAGUCACUAUCAAAAUCCCAAAAUCCAAUCUCAAUCUGACUCAGACUAGGGAGUAUCUAUUUAUCGAUCCAGUAGGACUGAUGUUCCUUUUGGGAUUUGCAUCCUUACUGCUGAUCCAGUUCUUUGCCAUGUUCUACCACAGAAUUUACACUCUGAUCCAUUUCGUGGCAUUUGCGAACACGGAGUCCAAGACUGAGAAAAGACAAUCAGACGAUGGCAUGCAGAUUCCUGACAUGCUGGAGAUAGAGCUCAAAGACGACAAAUACUUUGACACAUUUCUGUCUAUAGAGAAUCCAGCAGCAAUCCAGCAACAAGGCCAAGAAACCCCAGUGUGAGGUGUCCCUUAGUGGCAAGCAGUUGCAGCUAAAAUAGUAGUAGGAGUCGGAUACUGCAGUUUUGCGUUAGAUGUUGCACAGUUAGAUAUAGUGGUAUUGAGGGAGAAUGUUCCAAAUAGUAUAGAUUAUAGAGAGUAUUUAUUGGAUUUGAUAGAGUUAACCUUUGUUUAACCAGAAAAAGACCCGUGAUGAACCUCUUUUGCGAGGGCAGUGUGAACAUACAAUACAAGAGCAAAGACGGGGACAAAACAUUAAAAACAAUUGCAGCGAUCAACAACAUGUAUUAUAGCAUAACGGAGUAUAACAAUUGAAUGGGAGUUAAAUCUCAGGGAAAUGUGAUAUGUGCUAUUUCAUGUGUGAUCAAUUGUUGUAGCUUGUAAUCUUUGUUUGCUCCUUGUGUGCUUUCCCUUUUUUUAAUCAAAUGCUUUGUUGUGAAUCACUUCCUAUUAGUAUUUUGGUUAGCAGUUAUACUUUUCCCUUUUGAGUGAAGCACUUUAUCUGUAUAUUGCACUAAUAUAUUGAGAUUUUUUAGUGGAGUUAUGUGUGCUAUGUAUUUAUUAUGUAACUGAAUAGAAUGUAUAAUUACAGUAUUUUUUUGUUAUUAAAGUAGGCAAGACAGUUAAGAACAAAUUCUUAUUUAUAAUUUAUAAGCCCUCUCUACCGAUAACAUUGUGCUUUGUUUCAUUCUGGUAUCUGUAUGCUAAUCCAUGCGUAAUACAACUAUAUACAUACUGUAUU